AUGCCGCCCAAGGUGGUCCCUUUGCCGACCAAAGAGCGGGCAUUGUUUGCCAAGCUCAUCCAGGAGUAUGAAACGAAGAAGUACAAGCCUGCGAUCAAGACCGCCGAUGCCAUCCUGAAGAAGGUGCCCGAGCACGGCGAGACGCUCGCGAUCAAGGGACUGGUCCUCGCUUCGAUGCACCAGAAGGAGGAGGGCCUGAAGCUCGCCAAGCAGGGUCUGUGCAAGAACCUGAUGAGCUUCAUCUGCUGGCAUGCGCUAGGUAUCAUCCACCGCAUGGACCGCAACUACGAGGAGUCGCUCAAGUGCUACGGCCAGGCGCUCCGCAUCGAGGGGGGUAACAUCAACCUCGUGCGUGAGUCGGCGUUCAUGCAGUUGCAGCUGCGCAACUAUGCCCCGCUUAUUGAAGCGCGCCUCAUUCUCUUGCGUGCGCAGCCCCAUCUCCGCGUGAAUUGGAUCGCGCUCGCCGUUGCGCACGACCUCGCCAACAACAAGGCGCAGGCCGUGCGCGUCCUCACUGCGUACGAGGACGUGACGAAGGAUGUCCCGCCGCACAACUAUGAGUUCUCUGAGGUGGUACUCUACCACGCCAGCAUCCUCGCACAGCUCCACGAGCCGGAGCAGGUGCUUGCAAUUCUCGAAAAGCACCAGGACAAGCUCUAUGACCUGCCGGCCAUUGACGACAUGAAGGCCGCGGCGCUCCACGAGUUGGGCCGCACGACCGAGGCCGAGUCGGUGCUGCGCCGCCUCCUCGAGCGGAAUCCGGAGAACAAGAGCACGAUCCGCCGCCUCCUGGACCUGCUCGCGAAGGACAAGUCGGCCGAGGAGCGCGAGUCGCUCGUCCUCUCCCAGCUCCUGCAGCUCCAGGAGACUUUCCCCAAGGCCACCGCCCUGCGCCGCGUCGCGCUGGAUGAGGCGCACGGCGCCCAGUUCGCCACGCAGGCCCGCGACUACAUCGAGCGUGCGCUCGUGAAAAAUGUGCCUUCGCUCUUCUCAGACGUGAAGCCGCUGUACAAGGACGCUGCCAAGCAGGCGGCAGUCGAGGAAAUCGUCGAACAGUUCCGCCAGGAGUGGGACCCGACGCAGGAAAGGGGCACUGCUGAGCCCCCGUCGUCGUACCUGUGGACCAUGUACUUCCUUGCGCACCACUACUCCUACACGGGCCGCGCCGAGCGUGCGCUGCAGUACAUUGACUCGAUCAUCGCGCACUCGCCGGCGAUGCCCGAGCUGUACAUGACGCGCGCGCGCAUCCUGAAGCGGGCGGGCGCCUACCAGGCGGCGAGCGACGCGAUGGAGGAUGCGCGGUUGCUCGACGGCCAGGACCGCUACCUGAAUACCAAGGCGGCCAAGUACCUCUUGCGCGCCGACCGCGUCGAGGAGUCGUCGCGCGUGCUGAAGCUCUUUACCAAGCCCGACGUGCCGGACCCGGUGGCGGACCUGGUGGACAUGCAGGCGGUCGGCUACCUGAUCGAGGACGCUAAGGCGCACAAGCGCACGGGCGACGACGCGCUUGCGCUCAAGCGCUUCCACCAGAUCGACAAAAUCCUGGCGGAGAUCUACGAUGAUCAGCUCGACUUCCACUCGUACUGCCUGCGCAAGAUGACGCUCCGUUCUUACGUCCAGACGGUGCACUUUGAGGACGAUCUGUACGCGCGCCCGGUCUAUGUACAGGCGGCGUCCGGCGCGAUUGAGCUCUACGCGCAGCUGCACGACGAGCAGGCCGCCGCCGGAAGCGAGGCUGCGCAGGCCGCCGCGCAGAAGCGUGCGGCCGUCACGCAAAAGAAGGCGGCAAUGCGCGCCGAGCUCGUCGCCGCGGCGUCGAAGCAGGUCGAGCGCAUCACCGAGGACGAUCUCAUGCCCGCCCCCGACGCGGACCCCUACGGCGAGAAGCUCUUUGCGACGAGCAAGCCGCUCGAGGAUGCACACCACUACGUGCGCAAGCUGCAGGUGUCGAACCCCAACGUGAUCGAGACCUGGCUGAGCACCUUUGAGGUUGCGCUGCGCGAGCAAAAGUGGCUGCUGGUCCUGCGUGCGCUGUCGCUUGCGUACGCGAUCGACGCUUCGCACCCUACGCUCCACGUGCAGCUGCUGCGUUUCCGUAAGGCGAUCGAGGCGACGCCGCUGCCCGAUGCUGCCGCCGCCGCGCUCAAGGAUCUCUCGGCAGACGUCCCCGCGCUUGCUGCGCCCCUCGAAGCGCUCCAGACGGAGUUUGUGCAGCGCCACGGCACGCAAUCUCCGGCGCACGUGCUUGGUGCCGCGGAAGGACUUUGGAUCCUGCGUGGUUCCUCCGGUGCAAGCGACGCUGCGGAGCUUGUCUCUGGCCUUGGACGUGCUGAAAUGAAGACGUCGCUCGCCGCUUACGAGCAGGCCUAUGCCUUCCUGCAGCGCAUCGAGGCGCGUGGUGCUACGCUCGACGCUUCGGUCGCUUCUCCCGCCUUUGCCAAGGCCGCACUUGCCGCGUGGCCGCGCGCCGAUGCCUUCAAGGCGCCGCACGAGCUCGAGGCGGAGUCGAACGAACGCGCCGCGGCGCGUGCUACGUGGCUUCCGCCGGCCGACCCAUAG